UAUACCUUGCAAAGUAAGGAAAACCAAAGGGACCAUUUCUGUAUGAUAUCUUGCAUAACUCUUGUUACUCUUCUCGCCGCUGCUGUUCGGAUCUGUCAUCGUCGCCGGUUCUUCUCCUCUCGUUUAAUCGUCGCUGCAUUUUUCAUCUCACAAACACAGAAGCUCAAGCCUCGAUCAAAUUCCAGCAUUUUAAUCGAUUCAUACUUCCAUCAGCUGGGUUCACAGACAUUUCAAUUGGUUCAACGAUUCAUUCAGCCCUCACGACUGAAGCGGUUUCAUCGGCUGCAGCCUUAUGGUAUUAAAGAUAUAAUUCAGAAAGAUGCGAUUGCUUGCUCAUGCAUUAUCCCAACUCUCCACAAAUUCAAGAGCCACACAGUUAAAAAGCAUCACAAAUUCAUUAGCUUAUAAUUUCAAUUUAAGCAAUCGUUUUCUUUCAACUAACAAAGGAAACGAAGGUGAUAUUGACUGGGGCUCUGCAUCAACAUGGUCAAGUGGGCUCACUAAAGAGCAUUUUGAUGGGGAGGUUGUAGGCCACAAAGUAGGCGGCAAUGAUGGCGGUGGUGGUGGUGGUGGUGGAGGUGGAGGAGGAGGGGCAUUAGGGUCAUCUCAAAUUGUACCUACAAGUUGGAAUGAUGAUGAUGAAAUGGAAAAGCUAAGGAAAAUGGCAGCUGAAGCUUCUAGAAAAGAUGGUGAGUUUGCAAGUAAAUGGAAGGAAAGGAUGCGUGAAACUAGUUUGCUAAUGAAACAGGUGAUCGAGCCAGGGGCAAGAGGGUCAUAUUUGAAAGAUUCAGAAAAGGCUGAAAUGUAUCGGCUUCAUAAGGAGAAUCCAGAAGUUUACACUGUUGAGAAAUUAGCAAAAGAUUACAGAAUCAUGAGACAAAGGGUUCAUGCUAUUUUAUGGUUGAAGGAAGAUGAAGAGAAAAUGGAGAAAAAACUUGGACACCCUCUAGAUGAUUCUGUCGAACAGUUGCUUGAUAAUUUCCCUGAAUUCUUUGAUUGGCAUGAUAGGGAAUUCCAUGUUGCAACCUUACCAUAUAAGCCAGAUUUCAAAGUGAUGCCAGAAGGUUGGGAUGGAAGCAUUAAGGAUCCAGAUGAGGUGUUGUAUGAGAUUUCAAUGAAGGAAGAUGAAAUUUUAUAUCAAGAAUUUCUUGAGAAAUUCAACUUCAACAAGAUGAAGAUUGAGGGGAAGGUGAAAGUGCAUAAGUAUAGCAGGAGGCGUCCAACAGAGGGAUGGGAGAUUACAGUUGAGAAGAUGGGCCCACGUGGGAAGCGGGGAGAUGGCGGUGGUUGGAAGUUCAAGAGCCUGGCUGACGGCUCCACCAGACCACUUAAUGAUUAUGAGAAAAUGUUUGUUAAACGAGAGAAACCACGAAGGAGACGCAAGAUUCUACAUCCAAAAUAAAUUCUCGGAUAUUUUAGGAUUUUAGGAUUUGAUUCCGCUUUUGUUUUUGUUUUUGUUUGUGUCAAAUGUAGUGGCACUGUCUUUUUUUGUUUGUUUGUUUGUUGGUUGGGUCCUACUCUACUAUAUAAAUGUUAUGCCAAAGCCGAAACAUUUGAGCACAAGGGUGUUAUGUGGUUGGUAUGCAAAAAAUUUGAAAUGAAAGAGAGUUUGUUUCUGUUUCA